AUGAACGCGCCUUCGCGUUACGAGAUGUUUGUGCUGGCGGACGGCGAGCCAAAGGUCACCGUCGACGAGGACACCAAGAUCCCGAACGCGGCGACGCUCACGAUCAACAAGGAGGACCACACGCUCGCCAACAUGUUGCGCUCUCAGCUGCUGCUCCUGCCGUCGGUCAUAUUUGCGGGCUACAAGGUGCCGCACCCGCUCGAGUCGCGCGUCGUGCUCAAGGUCCAGACGGACGGGUCCAAGACGCCCGUGAUUGCGGUCCAGGAGGCCCUCAGUGCCCUCGUCCUCCUCCUCGGCAAGAUCAAGGGCCAGUUCAGCCAGGAGGUGCUCAAGCACCGUGCGCUCGACGGCGCCGAGGACCAGUUUGGCGGAGCGGGCGAGGGCUUCUACUGA